CCCCGCCCCAGCUUCUCACCAGCUCCCAGGUCAGGACCCCCACACCAGGCCCAGCCCCGCCCCGCCGCAUCCCCCCAUCUCACUGCCUGCCUGCUGGCCUCCAUCCUUCUUGACUGGCUCCUCAGUUGGUCCUGGGAGAGCUCAGGGCUAUGGUCCUGCCCUUGCCCCUCCUGACCCUCCCAGGGCUGCCUCUGGGCCCCUUUGGGCAGGAAUUUCUCCCUCGCGCUGUCAUCUCGGCCCCGGGCUCAUAUCAGCUGGGGUAGGUCACAGAUCCAGGAGCUGGUUGAGAAGAAGAUGGCAAGGAAGGAAGUUACUCUUGUCCCUUACCCCACUGUCCCGGCUCAUUUCCUGGUCCUUUGUUCUGCCAGGCUAUGCGAAAACAAGCCUGGUAGGUCCUGGUGAUGCCCACCUGUCUAGCAAAGGCGGGGCUGGGCCAGGCCAUGAGAGUAGCAGCCCUCACCCCUCAGGUACACAGUCAUGCCUGGGCAUGGAGCGGUGGGCACAGGGGCACAGCGGAGACCAGGCCUUGGUGCUGCAGAGGGGAGGGGCUCCCAACCCACCGAGAAACAGACUCGGGGGACUGGGGUCCAGUCCCAAGGAACAGCAUCCCAAGGCUGGGAGGCAAGAAGGAGGCCCCUGCAUCCCCAAAAAAACCCACCACCAUCAGCGAGGUUGAAGGUGAAGGGCCUGAAUUCGGUGCUUUGCUUUCGGCUGUGGGCCCUACCAUGCACCCUGGGAGGUCAGUGAGCACCAUUUGACCCUAAUCACGUAUCUAAUGAGCGUGCUUUGGGCCACCAGCAAUUUCAGGGCCUCGUAUUUGUUUGGACUCAGAAUUGCAGGGGAGCUGGGGCCAGUGUUGCCUGGGGCAGCUCUGCGUCACUCACAUUUUUCUCCUCUAUGCAACAGGCCAGAGCAUUUCACAGGCAGAAGAGGCAGCUUGGCCUCUUUCCCUGCCCAAGGGUGUCUGAGCUUCCUGGGAAGUUCACGCCACCUUCCUGUUGUUUAUCGUUGGCUCAGGCCCGCCUGGCUGCCUCCUCCCUGCCCUUACCACCCCCACGGUGCCCGGCCCGGCCCCCCAUCUCACAGUCUCGGACCCUUGUGUUUAUAACGCAGUGUCUAGCUUGCUCUCACCUGAUUGUUCUUUAUCUUACGUCCUUCAUUUGUUUCCCUGUUUGUUUUUUGCGGCCUGGAGCUGUGUUGUGUCACUCACUUGUGAGCAGACAGGAGGGAUGGCCAUGACUGGGAGCCUGUCCCCAGAACCUUCCAUCACAAGCGUCCCAGUUCCUGUGUUAUUCAUGUGUGUCUACUUCAAGAAAUUAACUUCCAAUUCUCCUCGCUGACAGAUGAGAGAGAAUGAAGACCAGUGACCCAGCAGCAGCCCCCCAGGAUGCUCUGGGCAUGGCCUCAGGAACCCCACAGCAGAACAGCCAGAAGGCAGAGGAGAACCCCAGCUUCCUGGACGAGCUCCUCCACGACUUCCCAGCCCCGCUGGGCCCAGAGAGCCCUUUGCCAUGGAAGAUCCCAGGGACGAUGCUGAGCCAGGAGGAGGUGGAAGGCGAGCUGGCUGAGCUGGCCAUGGGCUUCCUGAGCAGCAGGAGCGCUCCGCCACCACUUGCUGCCUGCCUGGCCCACGAGGCAGUUGCCCAGCUGCUGCAGACGGACCUUUCUGAGUUCAGGAAGUUGCCGGAGCAGGAGGAAGAGGAGGCCCCUGUGACCCUGCUGGAUGCUGCGGGCCUGGCGCGGAGCUUCUUUGACCGGCUCUGGGAAGUGUGCAGCCAGUGGCAGAAGCAGGUGCCCGUGGCUGCCCGGGUCCCGCAGCGGCAGUGGCUGGUCUCCGUGCACGCCAUCCGCAACGCCCGCCGCAGGAUGGAGGACCGGCACGUGUGCCUCCCUGCCUUCAACCUGCUCUUUGGCCUAUCGGACUCUGUGGACCGUGCCUACUUUGCCGUGUUCGAUGGCCACGGAGGGGUGGACGCUGCGAGGUAUGCAUCUGUGCACGUGCACGCUGUCGCUGCCCACCGACCAGAGCUGCCCACUGACCCCGCGGGGGCCCUGCGAGCAGCCUUCCACUGCACCGAUGAGAUGUUCCUUUGGAAAGCCAGGCGAGAGCGGCUGCAGAGCGGCACUACAGGGGUGUGCGCGCUCGUCGCCGGGAACACCCUGCACGUGGCCUGGCUCGGGGACUCCCAGGUGGUCCUGGUGCAGCAGGGGCAGGUGGUGAAGCUGAUGGAGCCACACAGACCUGAGCGGCAGAGCCGCGGCUCCCAGUGCUGCCUUGGAACCAGCUGGUCUCCCCUUGGGCAGCGCGGGCACGCCAUCGGCACACGCGGCCUACCCGGCCCACCCUGGCUGUCUCCGCAGGACGAGAAGGACCGCAUCGAGGCACUGGGUGGCUUCGUGUCCCACAUGGACUGCUGGAGGGUCAACGGGACCCUGGCCGUCUCCAGAGCCAUCGGGGACGUCUUCCAGAAGCCCUACGUGUCUGGGGAGGCGGACACGGCCUCGCGGGCGCUGACGGGCUCCGAGGACUACCUGCUGCUGGCCUGCGAUGGCUUCUUCGACGUGGUCCCCCACCAGGAGGUGGCCGGCCUCGUGCGGAGCCACCUGGUUGGGCAGCAGGGCAGUGGGCUGCGCGUGGCUGAGGAGCUGGUGGCUGCCGCCCGGGAGCGGGGCUCCCACGACAACAUCACGGUCAUGGUGGUCUUCCUCCGGGAACCCCGAGACCUGCUGGAGCCAGAGACCGAUGCUGUGCCGAGAAGCUAGGAGGUCCGGGCCCCCCGUCCCCGUGAUCCUCCCCCGCGGAUGCCUUAGGACACGGCAGGAGGUGGGCAGGUGAUGCCACUCACGGCCUCUGGCCCUGCUUGCGUCACCCCAUCCUGGUGGCUGCCAGGGGCAUCGCCUGCUCACAGCAGACGGGGUGACAGUGGGAUGGCAGGAUGUCCAAAGGAAGUCCAGGAAGGAGACCUCACGGAGGAGAAGGGGCCCAGGAAGUGGACAGGCUCUGGGCCCCAUCGGGCAGGGGUGGGACCAGAGGCUAAGGCGGCGGCCACAGCCAAACCAAAGACACUGGGCAUGCUUGCAGGGUAGCAGGAUUCUGUGUGUGGGACCUUCGGGCAGAACCAGGAGCCACAGACAUUUUCCAGUGCCUGGGUGUCCAGCAAAGUUUUCCCAUCCACCCCUCACUGCCCAUCACUGGGAGGACUUGUAUGGACCAAUGUUCCUGUCUGGUCCUGGUGCCCAGCAGGUCCUGGCCGAGCCAAGUGGCUUCCCAAGUGGGGAGGGUGGCCUCAUGGGGAAGGGGGAGGCGCCAGGGGUCUGAUCUGCGGUGCCCACUAGUGACCUCCCUGGUUCCCGCUCACCCCUCGUGCACCAGGGAGGGAACACUCAGACAAAGACACGUGUGUCUUGUUUGUGGGUUUUUUUUUUUUUCCAGGGAAAAGUCUAAUUGAGAAGCAGUAUUUCAGGUUUUGUCCUUGUUCUGUCAGUGCCAAUAGGACCCGUUGUGUCAUAUAACUUAAGCAGAGCUCAGCACUUAUUUUAUUCCUUAGAAAACUUAAGAAUUGCUUUUUGUUUUGAGAAACUUCUUCUGCAGUAUUACUGGAUUUUUUCCCCCUAGAUCAGGAUUGAAACACACUUUUCCAGGUGGUGUAAAUAAGCCAUUCAAGUGCCUUAAACAGCUCUAGGCAAGGCUGGAACUGCCGGGCCUGUGACGGGUUCUGAUAGCACGUUUCAGUUUUUUCAAAAGCAGGAUUUGUUUUGUCAGAAUGGUAUAAUUCUGGCCAGAAUUCUUCCCGGAAGAGUUCUUUCUGCCUUUGUGAUGCGCCGAUGAGAACGUGGGCUGGGCCUUGGGGCUCCAGAGUCGGGGUGACUGUGGCCCUGCCUCUCACAUCUCUGACUGGACCCCAGGCUGAGGGACUGAGCUCCGCCAGUGGGCAGGUCCUUGCUGCUGUUUGGAAUGUUCCAGAGGUCUUGUGUGUUGGUAGUUGAAUUGGUUUCAACAGGAAACACACCGAAGGGGCUCUGCAAGGCCGAGGCAGCCUGAGGGUCUCCGGCUGUGUUUGGAGGCAGGGGGGAUGCCACGGGGAGUCUGUCCUGCUCUGCCUGUGGGUGGCGGCCUCUGCUUCCUUGCUUUGGCCGCAGCCCACCUGCCUGCUGGCUCCCAUUGAGUGGGUGUGGGGUUGGAAGCGCAGGGCCGGGCAGGGGCUCCAGGCAGAGGUCAGGGCCCAGGGAGAGGGGUACUUGGUGGGAGGACCUGGGCUCCCUGUGGUGGGCAGGCUGCCACAGGCAGAGGCUAGCAGGUCUGGGAAGGACAGUGGGUGGCUUAGCUGAGGCUUUAGAGGAUGUCACUGAGGGGGCUUGGUGCCGGGUCCCUGAGGCUGCAGGGUCCCAUGGAGGCGGUCAGAGUCCACCUGCAGUAGGAGGGCCCAGGAAAGGCUAUGCAGGGCGCACCGUGAUCCCGGCUGCACUGAGGGAGCCUCUGCCCCCCUCACCCAGGGAAGGGAGGGCAGUGAGAGCCCCUCCUAAGGCCAGUCCCCAGGAAGCAGCGGGACGCCACCUGCAGGCUCAGCGUCGUCCCCUCCUUCCCAGCAGGGAUGCAGCGGCUGAGACCACGAGCUCAGGGGCUCCUGGUAGAAAGCAACUUUAGCAUGGUCACAAUUCAGAGAGCAGCUUUGGUGGCCCAGUGAGCAGGUGUUGCUCUAACCUGAAUGCCCCACCUUCUGGGAGCCAGAGGCCCCCUCGUUGGCCCCUCCCAGGACAGGGAUCAGCCAGCCCUCAGGUUGGGGUGGGGGCCCGAGGGAGCCCUGCCUCGUGCAACACCUGGGCACUGAGCCAUCCUCCCCUCUGGACUGGGCACUUUCAGCCUCUGCGAGUCCUGGCCCACUUCCUCUUCAGGUCACAGUCCCAAGAGGGCCACUAGCCAGGGACACUGAUCUGGAAACCUCCGUCGCCUCCUCAAGCCUCAGCUUUGUCACUCGGUCAUUAUCUUUGUGCGUCCCUGGGCCUCAGUGUCCCCUCUGUACUGAGUCUGUUGCACUGAGUCUGUGCAGCCGCCACUGGAAUUCUGGAGGUGCUGGGCAAACUGGGGCGUCUUGGGGCGAUGCUGCCAGGGCUAAGGGCCCCUCCCCCCACCAGCAGGGAGGGGUGAUUAAGUAUUAUUAGUAUCUAUUCUUAACAGUAAGUGGGCUGGGGAUGAAUCAAGCUACUGAUGCCAGCGCCUUCCUUAUAUGGAAAACGAAAGCCAGAGCUAUUGAGCCCUGCUUUCACAGGUGGGGCGGCUCCCAGGCAGCAGGGGUGGGGGAGGCCCAGGAGAGGGGCCAGCGCCAGUGCUGAAAUCCCAGGGGGAAACACGGCCUCCCUGACCCAGCCCACCCUCAGCAUCCAGGACUAGGAACUGGUGUGUUUCAAGGGGGAAGAGCAACCGGGGGCAGGCCUCACAGGAGAAGCACAGGCUGUCUGUCUGGGGUCCUGGGUCACCUAGUGACCCCUGUCCUCCUUGGGCCAUCAUGCGGCCCCACCAUUGCCCCUUCCCCUGCAGCUAGAGUUCCACCGUGGACUCAGGUGUCCUGGCCACGUCUGCAGUAUUCAGAGGGUGGGGGUAUAGCUGCGCUGCUCCUGGGCCUGGCCCUGACCCGAGCCAAAUGGAGACCAAGUGGGCCUUUGCAGAAUGAGCUCUUGGGUUUGAUUCUGGCGGCAGCCCCAAGCGGGCAGCCCCGGAGGCCUGCACUCUUCCCCAAGGCUCCACAGCUUUGCUAAAUGCACCUGCAGCCUUGCCGAGGGUUUAUCCAUGCACAUCUUGGUGCGCUUCCUGGAAGUGGUGUUCUGUGCGAGGAGGUCUUGUUCCCAGACAGGGUGGCUGUUUCCCCAUCCAAGGGACAAGUCCCAGGGGCCUCUGUGCUCGUGUCAAUAAACCACAAGCUCUGAACCCCACCCCCGAGUCCCGAGUCUUGCCUUCUUCUCUGACCUCCUCGCUCCUGGUCCCUGGCGACCAGGGUGUGUUUGGAAGCUGCUGGGGGGUCAUCUACCAAUCUUGCAAAGUGAGCAGGUGAUUCGGGAGAGUGCUGCUGGCCUGCAGCCCCUCUAGCCCACCAGCCAGCCUGGUUCCCGUCCCUGGGAGCCUGCCAGCACUAGCAGCAGGAAAGCUGUUCACUGCGAGCCUCUUCCAGGGGUGACAAGAGGGGUGUCAGGGGACUUCCCUGGUGGUCCAGUGGUUAAGAAUCCGCCUUCCAACGCAGGGGACGUGGGUUCGAUCCCUGGUUGGGAAAAUAAGACCCCACGUGGCGUGGGGCAACUAAGCCUACGCACUGUAGAGCCCGCGUACCACAACUAGAGAGAAGCCCGCGUGCUGCAACUAAGACCUGACGCAGCCAAAAAUAAAUACUUCUUUUUAGAAAAGUGGCGGGGGUGGGGGGUCUGGCCCCUGCGGAGCCUGCAGGAGUCCUCAGUGGCCCAGGGACUCUGAGGAUGGAGACCCUCCCCCAUCACACUCAGACAGGAGGUCCCAUGUGCUCUGGCCGAGCUCAGAUCUCAAGGGAACGUGGGAAACAUCAAAAAUGCCUGCACGUGGGGACUGCUGACCCACGGUGCCGAAAUGCUGCCUGAACUCCCCAAGACAGGGGCAGGAGGAGGUGCUGGUGCUUUCAGGGGAGUUGGGCCAGCCAGCCAGGAUGGCUUUGACACUGCCACCUCCAACCCUGCCCGCGUGCUGAGCCUUUGUCCCCUGCUCGCUCGCCUGCGCCUGCCGUGGGCCUUGCAUGGUGCCCCCAAAUCACCCCUGAGGGCUUUCAGUGCCCCUCUGGCUCCAGGUGGCUUGGAGCAGUGGUCUCCCACCCUCCGGCCACGCAGCAAGGGAGGCAGCUUUAUCUAGCUCCAGGCUGCCACCACGGGAGGCUGGGGCUCCCAACCAGGCCCUGGGCCCCCCCAGCCCCACCUACUCACCCCUCGCUCUCCCCCUGCCUGCCCCCUGUGCCUCCUCCAAAGCUCCCAGCAGAACCUGCCCAGCAGAACCUCAUUCUUAAGUGUAUGCUGUCUUGCUUGUUCCCUAAUGAGCUGCCCACGUGCUGCAGGCAGAUAGUGGCGCCCCCCACACUCACAGCCACACAGCUUGGAGCCUGCGGGUGGGGCUGAGUGGCCCCUGGGGCAGCUGGGCCUUAUUCACCUGCUGGACCUGGACCAGGACCAGGCCAGCGUGAUGGCAGCUGGCAGUGGGGGCUGCAGCAGGGGACGGACCUGCACCCAGAGGCCAAGUCCGGCACAGACAGCCGAGGGCACAGGGUAUGCCUUGGUGGGGCUGGGGGUGGGAGGGGACUGGGUCUCGUGCCCACCAGGUGGGCGUUCUAGCCUGGGGGCGCCACUGACAGCCAGCAGAGCCGGGGAGACAGGCAGGAAGCCAGCUGGGAGGGCUGAUGACUAGCCGGCCCCCCAGUUCCCUUCAGAGUGUCCCGGGGCUCCUAGCUGCCCACCCUGGUUCUGGACCAGUCAAGGACAGACCCUCCACCGGCCCCACCCAGGAAGCUGCACUUCAUCCUGGGUCUGCUUCUGGGGACUUGAGCCUGGACAUCUGGGCGCCCAAGGCCAAGGGGUGUGUGCAGCCUCCUCAGAGCAGCCUGGGGACCACUCCAGCCCCGGCAGAGGCUACCCCCAGGUGGUCUGAGACCACCUCCUCAGACCACUGUCUCCACCACUCCUUAUGGCUGUGGCUGGGGAGACCACCUCCUCCUCCUCCCUUUUCUCCCCAUCCCCUCCCCCUCCUUUCUUAAAUUAUAAAAGUAAUAUGACUACGGACAAAACUUGGAAAAGAGAGAAGAGGAAAAACAAGAUUUGAUUUUGGGUGUGGAACAAAAUAGCCAAGUUAAGUGUUUAGAAACAAAACAAAACAAAAGCCUCUAGAAAUGAAAGACACCUUUUUGCCUAGAAAGAAACAAUAUAAAGUUGCUGAAGAUGAAAAAGGUUAAAUAUAAGAGCCAUAGGGACUUCCCUGGUGGCGAAGUGGUUAAGAAUCCGCCUGCCAAUGCAGGGGACACGGGUUUGAGCCCUGGUCCGGGAAGAUCCCACAUGUCACGGAGCAACUAAGCCCAUGCGCCACAGCUACUGAGCCUGCACUCUCGAGCCUGCAAGCCACAAUACUGAGCCCACGCGCCGCAGCUACUGAAGCCCAUGCGCCUAGAGCCCAUGCUCUGCAACAAGAGAAACCACUGCAAUGAGAAGCCCAUGCACUGCAACAAAGAGUAGCCCAGCUUGCCACAACUAGAGAAAGCCCGCGCACAGCAACAUAGAUCCAACGUAGCCAAAAAUAAAUACAUAAAAAUAAAAGAGCCAUAAAUUUGAGCCUGAACUGCAUGUACAUGUUUCAUUGGCAAAAACGGGCAGCAUCUUGGUCCAUUUAAGGCCUGUUGGUGUCGUCAUGUUCUGCGUGAAUUCAGGCCUCACAGAUGAAGCUGGUUCUCAGCAGCUGCCUUUCCCGUCCAGCCUGGGUGGCCUCGCCGGGAGCCGUCCCUUGUCACGACUGCCUCUCCCAGCUUGGGCAGUUCUUCCAUCAGGUGUUUGACAUAAACACCAAGAAGCAAUGUCAUAGAUUGGAUGUAACUGAUGAUAAUCAGUUACAUCGUGCAUCUCCCGACACAUUAGUUCGUCUUGCUUGUCUUUUCUGAAAAUGGGACUGUGCUGGCUGCAUUCUUCUCCAUGCCUUGUCACUCAGCGUCCUGUUUCUCAGAUUCAUCCAUGUGGUGUGAGUUUCUGGCUUUUUGCAGAAACGGAGCUGCUGUGCACAUUCUCAACUAGUGUCCUAGUGCCCAUAUGCCAGGAGUGUCAUGUGGACACUUCUGACCCAACGUUUCCGAAGCCCACUGCCCUUCCCCCCAGCUCCACCUCGGUUCAGGGAUUGUGUCACCAUCCUCCACACUGGUCCCCAGAACCUGAGAGUGGCCUCUGCCCACCCUCAUCUCCAGGUGCUUCCUAGCCCCCUGAAGGAGGUCCAUUGGACCUAUUGUCCACAUGGGGACACUGCUGAGAGCAAACGAGUGACUAUUAAUGACAGUUGGGACAACAGCAAACAACAGAAUGUCUGAUCACUGUGCAUGGGAGGCGUGGACAGUGACGAGUGGGUGACCAGGGUCCUCACUGCCACUGUAGCCAGAUAUGGAACACAGCCUAGAGCUCCACCAGUUGUAGUCAUUCACAGAGUGGACUCUUAGUGUUUGAAAAUGCUGUUCCCAAAUAAUUUUAGUAAGAUGAAAUAGGGGGGCAAAAAGGAAAUCUAAAUAAUUAGAAAAAUAUAAAGAUUAGGGCAAAAACUUAGGUGACGUUAAAUGGCAAAAGCAAAAUACAAAGUGUGUUGAAAGCAUGUAUCUGAUCGCCUACGUAAAUGGACAAAUGUACAAGGAGACAUAUCCAGUCUCCACACAGAGGAAAGGCUGAAAGGAAUCACACUAUGAUUGCAAUCGUGAUUACCUACCUCUAGGUAGUCAGAUUUCUAUUGGCUUUCAUAUUACUAUUUUUGUAAUAUUUUCCAAAUGUUUGAUAAGCAUGUUUUACUUUUAAAAUCAAAGCGGUCGGGGGGAGCUUUAACGCUGUUUAAAGAGACAGAAACGGUUCAUUCCUUCACAAUUGCUUGCUGGUCUAGACUUGGGGUGGAGAACAGGACGCAGGCCCCUCCUGGGCAGGCUCUGCUGUGGGCAGGGGCCCGAGGACCAAGCAGGUGGGCGAAUGCCAGGAGGCCUGGCUAUUUGGCGACACCUCCCCAUCCGAGGAGGCAGGCUCAGGGAGCUCUGGAGACGGGGCAGUGGGAGAGUCGUGAGCUCGGGAACAAGGGCCUGGUGGCCAGUGACAUUCUGAGUGCGCCUGGAGGCUGCUAGGCCAUGUAAUUGGCACUGAGCCUGUGGCUAAGACCUGAGACAGACACACAAACUCACGCGUGGGUCAGAGCAAGGGGUAGGGGCCAUGGUAGAAGCGCUUAACCACAUGCAAAGAGAAAAGGGAGGAACAGCAUUCAGGGCGGAAGGAAGAGUAAGCCUGCGGCCAGCCCGGGGAGGAAGAGUUUGCUGCCCCUGUGUUCUCUUGUGGUUUAGACGCUACGUCUCCAGCAGCCCCUCUCAACAGGGCCUAUGCACCUGUGCCUCUGAUGCCCUGGUAGCUCCUCGGCCUCCUCCUACCAGCCCUCAAAGCGCCACGACACUCAGAGAACACCAGGCCCCACUGCAGAGAAGCCUGGGGCAGUCCACUAGGGAUUCCAAGAUUGGGCAGUGCUAAUCUGUGGUCCUAGAAGCCAAAACGGCUGGUUGCCUCUAGGUGGAGGAUUGGCCGGAAAGGGGCCCCAGGAGAGGUUCUAGGUGAUGGAAAUAGUCUCCAUUUUUAUUUGGGUCUUGGUGACACAGAUGAACACUUUUGUCCAAAUUCAAUAGACCACGUACUUAAGAUCAGGACAGUUCGCUGUAUGUAAAUUACACCUGGAUACAAAAUAAAAAGGCUCAGGCCAGACUCUGGGUAACCCAGGCAGCAUGCUUGGGGGAGUCAUGGAAGGUGGGAGGGAAGGCCUACCGGGGGAGGUGCCAGGCAGCAGGGCUAUGGACGGAGCUCCAAGACGGCCACACGAGCAGGUGGACAGUGACAGUCAAAAGGCCAGUGGCCCAGGGUGCCGCGGUGGUUAGACCAUGGCCAUGCUGAGGGACGACCACUGGGCCCAGAGAGCCAGCCACAAGGGAACCUGGGUGAACCCUCCAGGAGUUGGGGAGAGUCAGCACUUACUGUGCACCUACUGUGUGCCAGACCCUGGGCUGGAGAGGCGCGGCUCACUGAGUUACGCUGCGACCCUGAAGGUCACUUGAUCCCUGAGCAGAGGAGGAGCCCGAGGCUUAGGGCUGCAGCUGGCGUGAGGCAGAGCCCAGGCCGCCUUCUUCCAGAGUCAGAACUGAGCUUCCCACCUCUGGUCGCACGGGCUGUGGCUGGGACCCUACGGGACAGAGAGCUGCCUGGCUGCCCGCGGGGCUGGGUGAGAACAGAGUCAGCCUGUUAGAAACCAGAACUGUGUGCGCCGGCAAUUAGUCCUAAGCAUGCUGUGCUGAAGUCUCAGGUCUCAAGAACUUUUAGAAGGGCAAACACAGGUGGAAAAGGUGGAGCACGUGGGGCCUGGGGUGGUGGGUGAGGGCCAGGGGCCUGGGAUGCCGCACUGGGGUUUGUCUCGUGUCCUUCGUCAAUGACAAGCCCCCUAUGGUCUCUGCAACUGCAUUCGCGUUGUGAAGAGCCCUCCGCGGUGGGCGGUGCUGCCUGGAAGGGGGCGUGACCGCUUCGCCCACUGGCCAAGGGACACAAGUGUUUUCCCCGCGUGUGCAUGAAGGCUCCCGCGGCAGGGGAAUCUGAGCUCCGCUCUGCACGCAGGGAGCCAGCGAAUAAACCCUCUUCUUCCCCCUCCAGGCUCCUGCCAGCCUCGCCUUGCCAAGCCCGGUCCAAAGCUGCCAGCGGAUGCAGCGCGGGGUUUUGAGGCAGCCGGUGGCUGGGAAGGGCAUCAUCACACAUGACUGGAACCUUUGAAAACGGGAUCUGGAGGUAAAAGGCUAAGUUAUGGUACAUUUUUAUAAUGGAUUCCGAUGUGUCUGGUUAGAAGAUUGUGGUAGAUUUAUUAGGAAAAAAGCAAUGAAAAUAUAUAAAACUAUCCCA